AUGACAGAGCCAGCAGCGCCAGUGCCAGCGCCGGCGCCACCAUCGCUCGGCGCAAUAGAGCACCUGCACGACGGCGCAGCGGCGGCGGCCUCGGCCCAGGUCUCGCGCCGCUCGUCGGCGACCGGCACGUCGGCGUACCACUCUGCCUCGGAAGGCCGGGCGAGUGACGAGCCCGCCGCCGACGCGCGGCAGCUCGACCAACUCGACACAACGAGCCUCGACCCGCCCAAGUCGGAGCUCAUCUCCCCCAUCACCCCGUCGACCAUCAAUCGCUCCACCACCCACCGCUUCUCAAAGCCCAUCCAGCGGAUACCGUACCGGCACCGCCCGCUAGUCCCGGGCGAGAACGACACGAGCGAGCGCGAGGGCACGAGCUUGGCGCCUACGCGCGAGUACGACGAGGAGGAGGGCGAGGUGGACGACCCGACGCGGCAGCCGUGGCUCCGGCAAGCCGACCGCGCGAGCGAGUGGUCAUCCCUGUUCUAUGACCUGGUCGUCGUUGCCGUCCUCUCCGUCUUCUCAUCGUCGCACGAGAUCCAAACCCCUGCGGCAAUCCCAAUUUUCUUUUCCUACUAUGUCAUCCUGGUGUGGAUCUGGACGUCGCAGCUGCACUACGACGCGCGGUACGAGGCCGAGGACACGUUCCACCGCGCACUCAAGUCGCUCCAGCUCAUGGUGUUUGUGUUUAUUGGCGCCGCGAGCGGCGGGUGGAGCCCGGGCAAGAUCUUACCGGUUGAAGAGGGUGCUGCGCCGGCCGAGCGCGUCGAGCAUCAACGCGCAACCGACUCGUUCGUCACCGUCGGCAUCGCGUACGCCAUCUCGCGCGGGCUCCUGCUCUUCCAGUACCGCUACGUCAUCUCGGCGGGCGCGCGCUGGAAGCGCAAGGUGCCCGGGGCGCGGCUGACGUCCAUCUCGCUGGGCAUCUCGAUCAUCCUCGUCGUCGUCGCGACGUCGUUGUCCUCCUCGUCGGCCUCGAUCGCGCGCGUCAAGAUUGCCCUCUUCUACCUCGGCAUCGCGGUCGAGAUGGCCACCGUCUGGUUCCAGGUCGUGUGGGGCGUGUCUGGCCCCACCGCGUCGGACGAGUACGUCGCGGAGCGGUACGGCGCCUUGAGCCUCAUCAUCCUCGGCGAGGGAUUUCUCAGCCUCACCCGCGCAUUCGGCAGCGCGCUGUCCACGCUCGUUUCGGAAGCCAACUUUGCGUUCUACCUCCAGGUCUUCUUAAUCAUCUUUGUCAUCUUCUGCAUUUGGACGUUCCUCUUCUUCCACUUUCGAAAGACGGACACGAUUUCAAGCCGGAGAAGCGCAGUGUGGGAGAUGGUCCACUUUCCCCUCCACUUUGCCAUCCUCCUGCUCCAGGCGGCGAUGAUUAACUUUGUCACGAUCCACUCCUUCUCCGUCGCGAUCCAGCGGACGAUCGGGUAUUUUGACACGGCCGUGCUGGCUCUGUCCAACGGCACGGAGCUCACCGGCGCCGUGUUCGACGACAUCUCGCUGCACCUCGACAGCCUCAACAUGAUUCCCAACUUUGAGACGACAUACGAGGACCUGAGCGCGAUCGCACGCGAGGAGAAUCCGGUGCGGGACGCGUACGUCCUCGGAGCGCAGUACUUUGGGCAGAUUAUCCUCGCCGUGUGCAAGACCACCGGCGUUGAAGUCUCAGGCCCUCCACUCACGUCCCUCGAACACCUCGUCGGGCUCAACACAUCGUCACCGCACAACGAGACGAUCCGCGAACACGCCGGCGAGCUGCUUCACGACGCAAUCAAGGAGAUUGCCAACGACGCGGCGGCGGGCAUGCUGUGGAUCUUCCCGGCCGCCGGUGCCGUGCUCGUUUUGUGCGCGCUGCGCUCGUGGCUGCGGUACCACUUCCAAGGGCCGUCACACUACGUCGUUCACGGCAUCCAGCUCGUCUUCGGGCUCGCGCUCGCUCUGCUUGGCCUCCUGUGUAUCGGCAACAAGGACAUGUACGCGCUGUUUGGCGACGGCAAGUCGGUCGAGUCCGUCAACCCGCUGUACCGUCUCGUGUGGAAGAACUGGGCCGUCGCAGUCGUCGCCCUCGUGUACAUGAGCGUGUUGCUUGGCACCAAGGUGAGCUCGCACCUGAAGGCACAACUGACACCCCAGGCUAUCCUCAUGAUUAUGUUCUGGGAGGAGGACAAGGAGCAGCGCAAGCGCGACCGGGCAGAGGCCGGCGCCGACGUCGACUACAACGCGCCGACCAUGCCCGGCGCGCUGGGAUGGGUGCAACAUGGCAUCCAGUGGCUGCGGCGCGAGGUGCGCAUCUGGUUCGCCAUGUAG